UUGGAGACUUGUGUUUGCAGCUACUUAUUCAGCAGCAUAAACCUCCCUGAAAAAUCUACCACAGCAUCCGUAUAGGACAAGAACAAGAGCAACACCCCAAACUUGGUCACAUGAGAUCUGUCCUGCAUGGAUUGUAGUGUAAUCUUUUUUGGGUAUGAUGUGCUGCAAGUAAAAGAUGAUAUAAUUAUGGCAAAUGCUACUAGACUCAAGACCAGAGCUAAAAUAUAUGUAUAAAAUACAUAAUGAUUAAUAUUCUAGUAAUGACUGAUGUUUUGAUGGUAUGGUGUGUGUCUGUGGAGGACACACUCACUCACACACAGCUGAAAGAUCGCAAAGUAUAACCUGUAACUUUGGUGUGAAGAUACAUGCUUUGUAGAAUAUUACAUGUGGUGUAGUCAAGACACAAUGGUGCAAACUUAAAGCAAUAUAACUUUUAAAAGAAGGGUAUCAGAAACAUAACGAUACAUAAAGGUAUAAUAUGCAUGAAAUCUGUCUUAAAAUAAUAGGGCAAAGUUUGAACAUGUCUGGGCAUGUUCUCUGUAAAAGAUGACCCAAUGAUAACUUAAUGCACAUGUCUUCUGUAGGGAGUGAUCUAGGGGUGAAAUAUGAUAACCUGACGUCAUGAUCUGACCAAUAGAUUUAGAAAAGUAUAAUGGUGUCAAAACUGUCACUCCUAUCAUACGCCCUAUACCAGCCCUAUUCAAUUAGCGGACCGCGGGCCACAUGCGGCCCGAAAGCAACCCUCGAGUGGCCCUAAAGCAGCUGCCGAGUGACUGGGACUUGGGUCCGAGAAAAACAGAAAAACAUCUUUCAGUAACACUGACAAGUUCUUACAAAAAUUCCAACAUUAUUGCAAACAUUGAAUGCAACACUUACCGUAACCUAGCAACUAACCCACAAUGCCUUGCGUUGAGGAGACGCGUUUGAAAAGUUAACAUUAGCAGUUAUAUACAGGCGAAAAUAGCAGCGUGUCUUUUUCUAUCCUGAAAUGACAAAUCGGCGAGGAAAACCGUCGGUUUAAUCCUGCGUGGACUGACAAGUAUUUAUUUAUUUACCACCAAGUCCGAACGCCAAACCAAUGCGUUUACUCUGAAACGAGUGCUUUGCAACGCUGAAAGAUUAUCAUGUCCGAAGACACCACGUUGGAAAAACAUGCCGCGUUUCGGACAAACUUUCCCGAGGGAUGUCAUGAGAGAGCAGCUAUAAUUCAGAGUUUGACUGCAUCUUACAACCGGAGCUGUACUACUAUGAAGCGGACCUGCACAGCUCAGGAAAGGGCCACGAAAAAGAGGCUGUUCACAGACUCAGAAACUGUGAAGGACUGCAUGUUGGCUGUCGUGGAUGAAGUUUUAACGGACGAUCAAGUUAAGACAAGUGUGACAUCUGCUAUCAAAACAGGUCUGACACGUCAAACAUUCUCGCCACAGAUGUCUUCGAGACAUGAGUUCUCGAGGGAGAGUCUAUUAGAGGCUGCAGGUGGACUCGAGUGCCCUCUCUCCAAGGAGAAAGAGGAUUGUUCCAGUGUUGCCAAUGUAGCAGAUCCCUCGUCGCAACAAAACAACGCACAAGCAGACACAAAAGCGGGAGCAUCCAGUGCGAGUCAGCCAGCAGAGGAGAAGACGAAGAAAUGCAGCCUGGAGAAAGAAAAAUAGAGCAGUCCUCUGCACAACACAAUGCUGUUUAGUGUGCUCAGUCGGCCCAACACAAUGACAGAAGAUUGUGUCUGCAGAUUCACUCUUUAGAAACAUCAGGGCAUCUAUUAUUCUUCUACAUUCAGGCCUUAGUUACCACCUCGAGAACAAGAACAAAGGUUUCUACGUUUAUUUUGUGUCAAAAAUCCUGUGUAAAGGCACAAUUAUUUAAUUGUGUUUGUCUAUUCCAGCUUCCCCUGCACUAAACUAAAACUAGCCUACUGUACGUAUGAACCAGAUGGAGUCGAUUUAACGGCAGAGUCUUUUCCUGUCUCAGUCGCACAGUCAUCAUCAUAAACUACAGCUGAUGUCUUUAAUGUCCCUUAUAAUGUUCAAAGGCAACAAAUAUUUUAUUUGCAAUUCUUCUGGACAGUUUUUACCAUCAAAUAUGUGCCAUGACUUCAGCAAUUAUUUGUUCCAUCUCAAAGCAAUAAAACUGUAUCCGUACCUCAUAAAUAACUGGAGCCAAAACCGUCUAUUUUACUUCAAAUGCCACCACUUAGUCCCAGUGAGGUAGAUGCUGAAUUGUAACUUGGUGCAUAUCACAUCUGGAUUGAUUGACAGUUUACAUCCAAAUAUAUUUGCAUAUUUUUACAUUAUUGGAUUCGACAUCUACAAAUGCAGAGUGUUCUUAAGAAAUACAACUGAUUUCUGUUACAGAAUGACAAAAUUAGGUAAUAAUUAACCUGUCAGUUUGGCAAAUGACAGAAAUUUAAUCAGCAACUAUUUUGAUAUCCGAUUUUAAGACUAACAAUACAUGAUUUUCUGGUUCCAGCUUUGCUGCUUUUGCUAAACUGUGUUUACACAGAAUGCAUUUCAGCCACGUUUUCAGUCUUUCAUACUGAAAUGCUCCUAUUUUAAUGAAACCGGGCAUUUUCACAAGAGUAACAGCUUGCAUUUACACUGAAGUACAUUUUAAGCUCAUAACCACAGUUAUUGUGUUGUAUUAGGCUAUUAAAGCCUCUAAAAUGCAGGUAGCCUACAACUCAACACUGUGCCUGAAAGCCUCCUGUGUCACACAGAUGGAGCACAGCUAACGUACUGCUCAUGACCUCUCUGUAGAUACAGUUUUGUCUUCUAUAAUUGUAAUUUAUAGGCUCUGGACAGUUGAUCGGACAAAACAAGACAUUUAAAAAUGUUACUUUGAGCACUGGGAAAGUUUUUGGGGUAUUUUAUUUUUUAUUUUAUGACAAUUUGUACAUGACAUGAAUAAUGAAUGGAUCAAGAAAAUCAUCAGCAUAUUACCUCCUAAUUAAAACAACAACAUACAUAUCUGCUCUGUGAAAGAGGUUGCCAGAUUGGCUCAAUCGUCAGAAUGGCAACCCUACUUUUUGCCUGCGAUUUUGUCUUUUAGGCAGACUGAUUAUACAGCUAAAGGAGUCAGAAGAUAACGUACAUACUUAUUUUUGAGAAAGAAAAAUAGAAGCCCAAAGAGAGAAAUUUAGAUUUCAUGUAAAAAAAAUAAAAAAAAUCUUUGUAAAUGUUCCCUCUGUUUUCGCAUUAAUUCAUCAAACUACCACUCCAUGGAAGUAUUUGGAGACUUUAUUUCUACACAGUCAGAUAAAUCCCUUGAUGGAUUGUUAAGAGAUUUGGAUACAGCACCACCACUCAGACCUGCUGCUAAUUUUUCCUAGUGGCCACUUGUGAUAUGGCAACAGAAAAUCAUCUGGCAUAGAGGCCCAGAAUGCAUUUUUCCAAGCAUUAUUAUCACAUGUGUAGCCCUGCUGAUGGGACACAACUUCAACAACACAACUUCAAACAAGGACUGAUUUAUUCUUUCUAUUAGUAGUUUUUAAUCUAUGAAGGUUUUGUAUUUUUGAAAUAAGCAACUACCAUUCAAGUGAGCGGCUGCCAUCUUUGAGUCUGGGAUUCACUUUUUACUGUACAUCAAAAAGUGGAGCAGACUCUGAACAACAACCUACACUAGCGUUCCUGCUCAGCUAGCUUCAUCUCAGAUCUUGUCUUGCACCUUAGCUUGCUUAACAAUCAACUAAACAAUCAUUCACCAGAGAAAAAUGUACCAGUUGUGUCAGUUUGCAGGCAAGUUUAUUAACUGGCGCAGCUGUAGCUCAUUAAACUGGAUGCAGACAUACCUGAAAAUGUCUGAUGCAUUUAGAUGCUGGUGUAGUUCCAACUACUGUCUGCCUGUAAAUUCUAAGUUACAGGGCAGGUUUGUUUACUUCGUCUCUAAGGCCUAGUCUAGACCUAAACAAGUCUUUUAAAAACUGGCUUUUUCCUGCUUUGUUCCCCCAAAAAAUCUCUGUCCACAUCAAAACACAAAAACACAUUUAACGUGAAUAUCAAACCAACAGGUGGCAAUAUAAUCCUAAAAUCAUGCUGGCGACUCAGAAGCUUCAAAAAAGGCAGUUUCAGUAGACUACCAACAAUGGUGCAUUGAGGAAGGAUUGAUGCUGAAACUGUAGAGAAACUAAAUUUAAGUGUAAGCAUGUAAAAGAUCCUGUUAAGAAGGUUAGCAUUAGCCUUAUUUCGGCCAUGCAAGUCAUUGCACAAAUGCGCCUUGUGUGAACAAAGGAAAUAAUAACGCACACUCUGACAUCACAGGCCAAAAACCAAACUGCAGUCAGAGUUUCUGAUCAUCUUCACCCAAGAAGGAGUUUUCCAGUAUGUUUUCAUUGACCUGAAAUUGCUUUUGUGUAUUUGCAAAAGACCAAAACACACAUAAAAAGCUAUGUUUUUUUAAAACCUUAAACCUUAUUGGCCUAACAAGGCUCUGGCUGCUGUCAGUUAAACACAGGUGGUAAUAUUUUCUUGAAAAGACCUUUCUUUUCUUUCUUUUAAUGGUAUAAAAGCUAUUAAUGGAAGAAAGACAGUUAAAUUAAUUCUUACUGCAAAAAGGGAUGAUUAAUGUGAUUUCAGCCGGACUUCAGACUUACUUUAUCUUCCUAAUAUUGAAACAGAAAUGUGUUUUACUCUUUGAGCAGGGUGGUGGGUAAUUAAUUACUCACUGAUUAACAACACUGACAUGUCUGCUUAUAGGACUAUAUAGAUAACUUGACUUUAACCACUCAGACCAUGGGGUAGAGGUCUAGUUGACAAGCAGACUACAUAACACAGCAUUGUGUCUGCACUGACAUUUACAUAUUUUGGAUUAACAAGGAGGAAUUCAUUUCCAGCGAGUAAAUUGCACCCUCAUUUUUGACACAUGAAUGCUCCUCGGGAAACUAAAUCCUAGUCAUAAAACACGCUCUUGCAUGGCACUGAAUGUACAUUGACUUCUCAAUUUAAGCCCAAGUCAUUUACUGUACUUCAUUUUGUACAGGACCAAAUUUAAACAGCAACUCAAGCAUUUUAAAUAUGAGACACAUAUUGUCAUUGCUGCAUCGUCUUUUAAUUCUAGUUUUAUAUGUGACAGAAAUCAUCACAACACUCAAACUUUUUACAUCAUUUCAGCUGUUAUUUUCAUCACUGACGUGGCAUUAUCGUGUAGAUUAUGUGACAAUCAUUCCAUAAGCUUCACAUCAUACUUGACAUGUCUGAAAGAAAUAAGUGAACAGAAGUGAAACAGAAAACUGAAGCCACCUUAGUAUUGAUUUCACCAUAGCAGAUUAAUCAGCCACAGCUUCAGCGGUUUAUUUCCCAGUUGUCCACAGUGGCCACUUUAUCCACGAUGAAGAAAGACAGUAAAACAUUCCUCUGAAAGUUUUUGUUUUCUUCUUCUGCAGUGUAUUUAUGGACCAUGUAAUGUUUGUUCUGUUUUUGAAUGGUAAUAGUGUACUUUACAUGAUUUAAAUUUGGGGAGUUUUUGUUCCAGUUUUACUUGAAUUGAUUGAUGAUUACGUCUGUAAUCUAAAUUUGUUUGAUACAAUAAAAUGUUUAAAUUGG